AUGACUUUAAAAGAAAAAAUAAUAAAGACAUUUAUUAAAUUAAAGCAAAAUUUAUCUUAUAGUUUCCUAGCGUUAAUAUUUAAGUGUUACUCAGCGAAACAUUGCCAACGCAUAUUUUAUAACACAGUGAAGAUGUUAAGCAUUUGUUUGAAAGCAGCGAUACCAUGGCCAUUAAGAGAGGAGAUACGCAGAAACAUUCCUGAGUGUUUUGAAUCUUUUGAGGAUGUUCGAGUAGUUUUGGACUGUACAGAAGUGUUCAUUCAAAGACCUGCAGAACUUUGUUGCCAGAUUCUAACCUACUCUUAUUAUAAAAGUGCACAAACAUGUAAAAUUGUGACCGGUGUUUCACCAGCAGGUAAUAUAACAUUUGUCAGCAAAUCUUAUGGAGGACAAGCAACGGAUUCAUCAAUAUUUCAGCAAAGUGAUCUGAUUCACUUACUAGAACCUGGCGAUGCAAUAAUGGUUGAUCGAGGAUUCUUAAUUGAUGAAGUGUGUCAAAUAAAUCGCUGGAAAUGUGUAAGACCUCCGUUUUUAAAAGAUAAAAACCAGUUUAGUAAAGAAGAAUCUAUUUUAACAGCUAAAAUAGCUAAAGCUCGAGUCCACGUUGAAAGAUCCAACCAGUGUAUCAAGACUUUUAAAAUUCUUGGAUCAGUAAUGCCUGUGGCAUUGGUGCCUAUUCUAGAAGAUAUUUUUAUAAUUAUUUUUGCGACAAUUAAUAUGUCUUCACCAAUUCUCAGUGAUUCAAAAUUUAUGAAAAUGUAA